AAAUGGUUCACUAUUCAUCUGUAUAGAAUUCUUGAAUUUAGGUGUUUUGAUACCAAAGGAUCCCAGAGUUGAUCUGAAAGAUGAGGACCUUCGUCGCUCUGCUGUUUGUUCUCGGCAGCUGUCUCUCUGAGCUGCAGCUUUUUCAAAGUAGAGACAUUGACAAGAAGCCAAUCCUUAUGGAAACCACACAGCGGGCCAGCGAGAGCCAGGUGGAGGAACAGAGAGUCCUACUCCAGGAGCUGAGAGCCAUUGUGGCUCAACAGAGCACCAAACUGAAUGAGAUGGGAGCCACCGUGGAGGAACUGAAGAGAGCGAACGGAGAGAGACCGAAGGUGGCCUUCUCAGCCUCGCUGUCUGAAUCCAAAGGACCAAAUAGUGAUGAUGUCAUCCUGGCCUACAAACAUGUCUUCAACAAUAUUGGUGAGGCUUACAGUCCGGUGACGGGUAUCUUCAGGGCACCGGUUAAUGGAGUCUACUACUUCACAUACACUGCCUUUACAACCUCCAGCAAGGGGAGAAGAGUGUCGCUGUAUAAAAAUGGACUUGUAAUGGUGACUGUGACCGAUGAUGUUUCGGACUCGGAGGACGGUGGAACCAAUGGUGUCACACUGCAGCUGGAUGCAGGAGACGAGGUCUACACUCGUCUGAUGGAAGGAUUUAACAUCUUUGAUGACAAUAAUCACCACAGCACCUUUACUGGCUUUCUGCUCUUCACUUAGAAAACAGUUUAUUCUAUCGCUGAAUCCUACUGCUUUAUAAGGAUUUAAUGACAUUUAGUACUAUGAUUUAAUGACAUAUAGUACCAUGAUUUAAUGACAUAGUACCAUGAUUUAAUGACAUAGUACUAUGAUUUAAUGACAUAUAGUACUAUGAUUUAUGACAUAUAGUACUAUGAUUUAAUGACAUAGUACUAUGAUUUAAUGACAUAGUACUAUAUGUCAUUAAAUCAUAGUACUAUGUCAUUAAAUCAUAGUACUAUGUCAUUAAAUCAUAGUACUAUAUGUCAUAAAUCAUAGUACUAUAUGUCAUUAAAUCAUAGUACUAUGAUUUAUGACAUAUAGUACUAUGAUUUAAUGACAUAUAGUACUAUGAUUUAUGAUUCAGACAAAAAAAAAUGUAAACUAAGCAUUGAUAACAAGGUGAUAAACAAACAAUCGUGUGUCUUCAUCAUUUAAUCCAAUGCAUCUGAAUCAGAACCAACCAGUCCAGCGGGAUAUAUUAACAAGCUCAAGUUAUUUUUCAGUUAUUUUUGUACGUACUGAUCGGGUGAUGCAAUCUUUGUGCUGCUUUGUGGAAGAAUGAAAGUGUAGACCUGAUUCUCUUUUCAAUAACUGACUAGUGAAUGAUUUUUAUAAAUCAUUUGUUUGAUCAAUGAGACAGAAUGGGAAGUUGGAAACGGGCCUCCAUGUCUAAUGCAUAAAUAAAUGUUCUUCCCCAAUUAA